AUGAAAUCCGCGAUGCUUCCCCUCCUCCUUGUGCUCCCCCUGCUCGCCGUCGCCGGCCCCGCCGCCGCGAAGCCGACGGCCUACGAGGCGCUCGCGGCCUUCGACUUCCCCCCGGGCAUCAUCCCCAAGGGGGUCGUCUCCUACACCCUCGACAACGCCACCAGCGACUUCACGGCGCACAUCAACUCCUCCUCCACCUGCGAGUUCUCCAUCCAGGGCUCCUACUCGCUCCGCUACAAGCCCAACAUCAGCGGCCGCAUCUCUGUCGACCGCCUCACCAACCUCCAGGGCGUCACCGUCAAGGUCCUCUUCUUCUGGCUCAACAUCGUCGAGGUCACCCGCAGCGGCGACCAGCUCGGCUUCUCCGUCGGCAUCGCCUCCGCCGACUUCGGCCUCGACAACUUCCUCGAGAGCCCCACCUGCGGCUGUGGCUUCGACUGCAACGACCUCCUGCUGCCGCAGUCCGCCGCCGAGUCGAGCCUGCGCCUGCGAGGUGCGUUCUAG